UUUUCUUCUUCUAAAUCCCAACCCGUCGCCGUGCUCUCUCCUCCUCCGCUUCCCUCGAUCGUCGCCGCUCCGGCAGACGGAGGCCUCCACCAGAGGAAACCCUUCUUUCGAUCCGAUUGGUAUUGGCCUCUUCCAUGGACGAGCUGUCUGGUAUCUUCGUUCGGGACUUCGGGCUCCGGCCGCAGGGCAAGCCCGCUCCCAUGGUCACCUCCAAAGCCGCGGCGGUGGGACCUCGAAAAGGAUCCUACUCUUCGACCUCCUCCUGGAUCACGGAAAGAUCCGGCCGGCAUCCAACCUCGACGAACGACCCCUUCGUCAGCGACCGCGGAGUUGGCAUCUCCGAUGAUUAUGUCUUCGUCGGUGCCUCGGAAUUAUCGAAUCCGUCAUCUUUGGACACCAUGUUUGAUGUCCUUGCGGAUUCCACUACAAAAACCUCGUCGGCUUUGCCUGUGUAUGAUAGGCCGAUAUAUGAUGACGAUGUAUUCGACAGGGUUCCCGGCAUGCCAUCGGUGAAGUAUGAGGAUGCUUUUCCUUCCGUUUUUUCAGGAUCCAAUCAUGUUUCCGCACCACCGUUUGAGGACCUUCUUGAUAACUUUCGGAAGCAAAUACCAGAAUCGAAGGGUGGGAGUGAUGGGAGGUCUUUGGAGGAGGAGGAGAAAAACAUAUCAGAGUUCGAUGAGCUGAUUCCAGGAUUCGGUAGCAGCAGCUCGUUGAAAGACAGGGAAGCUCCAGAGGCUAUACACCCGAAGCCAAAUGUCUCAGCAGCUGAACCAACUGCAAAUAAGGCAGAAGAUCCAUUUGCUGUUUUUUCUUCGUCUGAUCUAUCUUCUGACCCUUUAGAAAACAUUGGGAGGCCUAUAAAUUCGAUGAGCAUGCAUUCUUCUAGCAAGAGGGUCUUUGCUGAUAGCAAUGCUUUUGAUGGAAUCUCAAAUUCAGUAACUUCAUCUGCGGAAGAAAUGGAUCAGAGUCGCAAGAAGAGUUUUUCAGAUGAUUUCCAGACUAAAAACUCUAGUUAUGAUGAAUUAGGAAAGGAAUCACUUCACCAUUCUUCCAUUUUUGUAUUUGACGACAGCAUGUCACAUGGAAGAAAUACAACAGGAAAUCAAUCUCCCACAUUCUACGAACAUGCCGAAACCAGAGAUGAUAUCUGGCUAACUGUUUCAGAAGUUCCCCUUCUCACUCAACCUACAAACGCUCCACCUCCUUCAAGGCUACCACCUCCACUUGUCGAUGUAAAAGCAAAUGACAAUGAGCGUCUUCAACAGUUCACCAAUAAAAGUUCGAUAAAGAGUGUUCCAUUAGAUGACCUUGAAGAUUUUGCUAUGAGCAAAUCUAAAGCACAUGUUAUGCAUAAUGAAGACAUUUUCAAUAGUGAAAAAUUGAAUAAAAAAUUUCCUGCAGCAGCUGCUAUGGAGGAUGGAGGUGAGGCAAAGUUCAAACUCGAUGAGGAAGUAAGGAAGAGAGAAUAUGACUCAAUUUUUAGGAACAAUGAAUAUGUGCCGCAAGAAAGAAAUGAAAAACUAAAUUUCGAAGGAAAGAAUUUGGAAGAUUUAGAGGGAGCAGAAAGAUUAGAACAGGAACGAUUGCUAAAGGAAAGAGAGGAUAGAGAGGAGGCAAAUAGAUUACAAAAUGAGAGAGAGGAUGAAAUAAAGAAGGAAAUAGAAAAGGCCAGACAAAUUGCAGAGAGAGCUAUGAGAGAGGCAAGGGACAGAGCAGCUGCUGAAGCUCGACAAAAAGCAGAUAGGGCUGUUGCUGAAGCACGCCGACGGGCUGAGAGAGCAGCAGUUCAGAGGGCGGCGGCUGAGGCACGCGAAAGAGCUGCAGCAUUGGCAAGAGAUAGAGCUGAAAAGGCAACUGCAGAGGCAAGGGAGAAGGCUGCUAUAGAGGCAAGGGAAAAGGCUGCCCUUGACGCAAGAGAAAGAGCCGCAGCAUAUGCAAGAGAAAAGGCAGCAGCAGAAGCAAGGGAGAAGGCGAAUGCAGCUAGGGAAAGGGCUGCCGUGGAGAGAGCUGCAGCAGAGGCAAGGGAGAAGGCAAGGGAAAAAGCCGCCCUGGACGCAAGAGAAAGAGACGCAGCAGAGGCAAGAGAAAGAGCUGAAAAGGCAGCUGCAGAAGCAAGGGAAAAGGAGAAUGCAGCUAGGGAGAGGGCUGCUGUGGAGAGAGCUGCCGCAGAAGCAAGGGAGAAGGCAAGGGAGAAGGCUGCCCUGGACGCAAGAGAAAGAGCUGCAACAGAGGCAAGAGAAAGAGCUGAACAGGCAAAUGUAGAAUCAAGGGAAAAGGCGAAUGCAGCUAGAGAAAGGGCUUCUGUGGAGAGAGCUGCAGCAGAAGCACGACAAAGAGCCCAGAGAGCUGCAGUAGAAAGAGCAACUGCAGAAGCUCGGGAAAGGGCUGCUGCUGCAGCUCGAGAAAAGGCAGCAGCUGCUGCUGCUGCUGCAAGAGAAGAACAGAAGAAGGAAGAAAAUGAUCUUGAGUCAAUUUUUGGCAUGGGCUCUCGAGCAAGUAGUGCAGAGACAAAAAGAGCCACCUCUUCAGAAACGAUGUUUGAAGUUAAAGUUCAGAGUACAAAGAGUGCUGAUGGAUCACGGAGAACGUCCUCAAGUUCUUCAUCUACCUCUAGAAAGGCACCUUCUAAUGCUAAUAUUGUGGAUGACCUUAGUUCCAUUUUUGGAGUGCCAGCAUCAUCGGGAGAAUUUCAAGAUAUUGAAGGUGAGAGUGAAGAACGAAGAAGAGCCAGACUCGAGCGCCAUCAAAGAACACAAGAGCGUGCAGCGAAAGCUCUGGCUGAGAAAAAUGAGCGUGAUUUGCAAGUCCUGAGAGAGCAGGCAGAAAGACAUAGGAUUUCUGAAUCACUAGAUAUGGAGAUAAAACGUUGGGCUGCUGGAAAAGAAGGCAAUUUACGGGCAUUACUCUCAACGCUACACUAUGUUCUUUGGCCCGAGUGUGGCUGGCAACCUGUAUCUUUAACAGAUCUUAUUAUUGGCGCGGCGGUGAAAAAAGCUUAUAGGAAAGCAACUCUGUCCAUCCAUCCUGAUAAAGUGCAACAAAAAGGUGCUACUCUUCAACAGAAGUACAUAGCUGAGAAGGUUUUUGAUCUCCUCAAGGAGGCUUGGAACAAGUUCAACUCGGAAGAGCUCUUUUAACCAGUCCUCAAGGUGAAGCAUGACUUGCUGGCUGCAUAUUGAAGUGUUAACAGUUUGUUUCUUCUUUCUAUUUUAAUGUUUAGUCGUUCAUUCUAGCUUGAGUUGAUCAUUGCUACCUUCUAGUCUUUUUUUUUUUUUAAUUCUGAAAGUAAUCGGUCCGGUUCCACGACAAUUUACCACCAGUCAUCAGAGUAAGUCAUCAGAGUAAAUAUGAGAAUGUGAUUGAGUUAUCACUCUGCAGUAUUACGCCACAGCUUGCCUUCUAGCCAUCUUGCAUAUCCAGAAAGUGUUUUUUUUUUCUUCUAUUUGUGCAGUGCGUCCCAGAUUCUGUUUUCUCGAUAGUGUUUUGUUUAUUUUACCACCCUUCACUUGUCUCUUCCUACAGUGUCUAGUAUUGUUUGAAGAAGAAUGACUAAAGUUUCCAUUUACAUUGUAUGACAGUUUUCUUGAAAGGAAUGAGAAAUUAUGAUUAUUCAUUAUAUUU